CUUGGCCCGGUCCCGCCCUUGGGGAAGAAUGGGCCCCUCUGUCCGGAGGCCCCUGAGACGUGCUGAGCAUCUAGACAUGGCAAAGCGCCUGCAGGGUGUGGGGUCUUCACUGCAGGAUCCUGCUUGUUCGUUUCCGGCGGGAGAAAUGCACAAUGGGGUCUCUAAGGACUGUUUCCCGCCACUGGCCCCAUUGUUGCCGUCCCCGCCUUCCUCCUGGGCCUCUCUAUUGCGUAAAAGGCUAGUGAGACCCUGGACAGACAAAGCCUUCGGCCUGAAAGCCCUUGAGUGAGGUGUGCCCUAGGUUUCUUAGGACCCAACCAAACAGAUUCCUGGGAAACUGCUCCAGCUCUAGUGCUGAGUGGGGUGGGAGUGGAGUUCCAGAAAUGCCUUUCUAUCCUUGCGUGACCUCCCUUUAAAGCUUUUCAUCCAUCAUCAGUCCCAAUGAACUAGUCACUGAGGCUGGGAAGGGGAUAAGGCAGUUCAGGGACCAGACCCAUGGUUCCUUGUCCCAGACUGUGCCAAUGAAGGUACCUGGUGGUGUCACGCCCUACGUAGGCCCUGGAAUCUCUACUUGGGGAUGUUUAUAGUCAGAUAACUUUAAUAACUGGAGAUGGACAGAGAGCAGCAUGCCCCUUUAACUUAGAGUGCUUAUGGAGUGGGCGGGGUGGUGAAGGUAAGAGAUCACUCCUGAAGAGCAGGCAGCGCCAUUUUCUUCCCCUAUCUGCCGCUGAACUGGCUCCUUGCUGUUUAACUCUCAUCUCCCCAAACUCCAUCGAGUGCUAAGGGUUUAAACCCUCGCCUUUCCAUCUGGUGAAGCCUUCCAGGUGGAAGGCAGGCCCAAAAGUGGAAGCAGGGACAGCAAGGAGAAUGGUGUGUAUGAGGAGGUGGACCAAAAGCAGAGGAACCUGGAAGUCCUGUGUGGAGACACCUCCAAGUAGGGAGCCCAGACAUCUGAGGAGCAGAGUGUGGGUGCCAGUGUCAGGUAAAAUUGCCAGGGCUUUCUGGGUGCUCUAGGUCUCAGAACACUGCCAGGAGCAGCAGACAAGAAUAGCUGUACCCAAGCAACCCUGUCUAGAAUUCAGUGUGUGGGAGUGUUUGGAUAAAGUUCUCCUGGUGGCCAGAUUCUGAGCUGGGUGGGGCAGAGCCUCUCUCUUCAAAAUAUGCAUGCUUCUGCUGCCUUGGGAUACCUAUCUUCCAGGUUGCUUUGGAGGAAAGGAAAACACUCUGCACCUGGGGGAUAGGGUAGUGGUCUUGGGCAUGCGCAGUUUGGAAGUCAUCACUGUCUCUGCUAGGGCUAGCAGAGGAGAAUCAGGCCAGGACUGAUCAUGGACAAGGAUAUUCACAGACAUUUAGUCUUUUUUUUUUUUUUUUUUUAAAUAAUUUUAAGUUUAUGUGCAUCAGCGUGAAGGUAUCAGAUCCCUUGGAAAUGGAGACAGUUGUGAGCUGCCAUGUGGGUGCUGGGAAUUGAACCCGGGUCCAUUUGGAAGAGCAGACAGUGCUCUUAACCACUGAGCCAUCUCUCCAGCCCCAGGCAUUUAGUAUUAAUGUGGGUGGUCGGUGUCCAGCAGCUUGACUGUUUCCAUGCAGGGCCUUACUAGGAGUCACUCAACCCUUUAUUUUUGAAGGAAGGAGACCUUCCGGGCUCCGGAGCUGUCUUCCACCCCAGGCUGGGCGAGCUGCCAGCACCCAGCCCCUCACAUCCGGCCCCCUCCUUCCACACUCACUAGAGAGCCAACAUCUGUCAGUAUCUGCCCGCCCCUCUCCUUCAACCCCAGGACACUUUCUAUUUCCCGCCUAAUUAUUGUCAUGGGGGGGGGAAUUGGGGGAGCUGGAACGAUGUCCUCUGCAGUUUGCCUCUGGGUUUUUAGUAGGCUCUCAAAAAAAGAAGUCUUGGUCAGCAGAAUUUUCCUGAAAGUGACUCUCCCAGUAUAGGCCCUACCCUGGGCUGCGGGCCAGGAGCAGUGAGGCCUCAGGGAGAUCCAGAGCUGUUGAGUGGACCCAGAAGCUGGCCGCUGUAAAUCUAGCCUAUCGCCUGGAUUAUCCCCGAUGCGAAACCAUCACCCGGAACCCACAGGAGGGGCCACGCCCCGCUGGGCGGAGAAGAAUGAGUGACGGACUGUCCACGCAGGCUUCUUCCACUUCCGGUGUCUGAUCGCGGCCUCCCUCUAGACUUGUGCGGUCGCGUCGCCGCUGGGGCUAGGGUCUAGGGUAGGCUCCAGGACAGAGCAUAGCUCAGGUCGGCUGCAGCGGUGAGGGCAGGCGCUACCUCCUGAGCUGAGUGUCUGUCAACCAUGGAUCACGACGACCCAGCAGAGGCGUUAACUGAGCUGCGCGAGAAGCGGGUGGGAUUGCUGGAGUUAUUGCAAGCGGCGGCAGGCUCUGGGCUCGCUGCCUACGCUGUGUGGGCGCUGCUUCUGCAGCCGGGCUUCCGCCGGGUGCCUCUGAGGCUGCAGGUGCCCUACGUUGGCGCGAGUGCCCGGCAGGUUGAGCACGUGCUGUCGCUGUUGCGAGGCCGCCCUGGAAAAAUGGUGGAUCUAGGCUCUGGUGAUGGCAGGAUCGUGCUGGCAGCCCACCAGUGUGGUCUCCGUCCAGCUGUGGGUUAUGAGCUGAACCCGUGGCUUGUGGGACUUGCUCGGCUGCAUGCCUGGAGGGCCGGUUGUUCUGGGAGUGUCUGCUACCAUCGAAAAGAUCUUUGGAAGGUGAGCCUCAGGGACUGUCACAAUGUGUCUGUGUUCCUGGCCCCCAGUGUGCUCCCUCUCCUGGAGGACAAGCUGCAAGUAGAGCUACCCGCAGGGGCCCGUGUGGUAUCUGGACGAUUCCCCCUUCCCACCUGGCAACCUGUAGCUGUGGUGGGCAAGGGCAUGGACAGAGUCUGGGCCUAUGAUGUCCAUGGUACUAGGCCAGCUGUGUCUUCUUGUGGGGUGCCUGUCAAGGCCAUCCCAGAGUCUAGUUCUACCUCCAUCUCUAAGGGCCCUGUUUGACAGGCUGGCUGACUGGAUACAAUAAAGACUCUGUGGGUUCAAUCCUGA